CACCCACCAGCUCCAGCACCAGCAGCAGCGCCGCCGCCGCCACCGCCCACCUUCUGCCGCCGCCGCCGCCGCCGCCGCCACAACCACCUUCUCCUCCGCUGUCCUCGCCUUCUGUCGAUUAUCAGGCUUUGAACUAGUAUGGCUGAACCUCGCCAGGAGUUUGACACAAUGGAAGACCAUGCCGGAGACUACACUGUGCUCCAAGACCAAGAAGGAGACGCAGACCACGGCCUAAAAGAGUCUCCCCCACAGCGCCCCGCCGAUGAUGGAUCGGAGGAACCUGGGUCGGAGACCUCCGACGCUAAGAGCACUCCAACUGCUGAAGACGUGACUGCGCCCCUAGUGGAUGAGAGAGCUCCCGACAAGCAGGCGGCUGCCCAGCCCCACACGGAGAUCCCAGAAGGAACCACAGCUGAGGAAGCAGGCAUCGGAGACACCCCGAACCUGGAGGACCAAGCGGCUGGGCACGUGACUCAAGGGCGUCGUGAAGGCCAGGCCCCUGAUUCAGGGAUCUCAGACUGGACCCGCCAACAGGUGCCUAGCACGUCUGGGGCUCCCCUCCUGCCGCAAGGCCUCAGAGAGGCUACAUGCCAACCUUCGGAAACAAGACCCGAGGAGCUAGAGAGAAGCCACCCGGCCGCUGAGCUGCUGCCGCAAGGGCCACCUCAGAAGGAAGACUGGGGCCAAGACAGGCUGGGGAGCGAGGAGGAGGUGGAUGAAGAUAUCACCAUGGAUGAAUCGUCCCAGGACUCCCCUCCCUCCCAGGCUUCCCUGGUCCCUGGCAGGGCAUCCCCUCAGGCUAGCCCUGUCUCUGUCUCCGGGGAGACCGCUCGCGUGCCUGGGUUCCCAACUGAGGGUCCCAUCCCACUUGCUGCUGAUCUCUUCUCCAAAGCCUCCACAGAGACCCAGGCCUCGCAGCCAGAAGGGCCUGGCUCUGGGCCCAUGGAGGAAGGGCACGAGGCCGCCCCCGAGUUCAAGUUCCACGUGGAAAUCAAAGCCAGCACGCCGAAGGACCAGGAUUUGGAAGGGGCUGCAGUGGCGGGGGCCCCCGGAGAGGAGAAAAAGGCCCAGGGCCCCUCUGUGGGAAAGGGCAGCAAAGAGGCUAGCCUUCAGGAGCCUCCUGACAAGCAACCUGCAGCCGGCCUGCCAGGAAGGCCAGUCAGUCGGGUUCCUCAACUCAAAGCUCGUGUGGCCAGUGUCAGCAAAGACAGGACUGGAAAUGACAAAGCCAAGACAUCCACACCUUCCUGUGCUAAAACCCCGAGCGAUAGGCCCCGCCUUAGCCCCACAGGCCCCACUCCCGGUAGCUCAGACCCUUUGAUCAAACCCUCCAGCCCUGCCGUGUGCCCUGAGCCUGCCACCUCUCCUAAACACGUCUCUUCUGUCACACCCCGAAAUGGCAGUCCUGGAACAAAGCAGAUGAAACUCAAGGGCGCUGAUGGCAAAACCGGGGCGAAGACAGCCACACCUAGGGGAGCGGCCCCUCCGGGCCAGAAAGGCACAUCCAACGCCACCAGGAUCCCAGCCAAGACCACGCCCAGCCCGAAGACUCCUCCAGGGUCAGGUGAACCGCCAAAAUCCGGAGAACGAAGCGGCUACAGCAGCCCCGGCUCCCCCGGAACGCCCGGCAGUCGCUCCCGCACCCCAUCCCUACCAACACCGCCCACCCGAGAGCCCAAGAAGGUGGCAGUGGUCCGCACUCCCCCUAAGUCACCGUCUGCCAGUAAGAGCCGCCUGCAGACUGCGCCCGUGCCCAUGCCAGACCUAAAGAACGUCAGGUCGAAGAUCGGCUCCACUGAGAACCUGAAACACCAGCCGGGAGGCGGCAAGGUGCAGAUAAUUAAUAAGAAGCUGGAUCUUAGCAACGUCCAGUCCAAGUGUGGCUCGAAGGACAAUAUCAAACACGUCCCGGGCGGAGGCAGUGUGCAAAUAGUCUACAAGCCAGUGGACCUGAGCAAGGUGACCUCCAAGUGUGGCUCCCUAGGGAACAUCCAUCACAAGCCAGGAGGUGGCCAGGUGGAGGUAAAAUCAGAGAAGCUGGAUUUCAAGGACAGAGUCCAGUCCAAGAUUGGCUCCUUGGAUAACAUCACCCAUGUCCCUGGAGGAGGGAAUAAGAAGAUUGAAACCCACAAGCUGACCUUCAGGGAGAAUGCCAAAGCCAAGACAGACCACGGAGCGGAAAUCGUGUACAAGUCUCCCGUGGUGUCUGGGGACACAUCGCCACGGCACCUCAGCAAUGUGUCGUCCACGGGCAGCAUCGACAUGGUGGACUCACCACAGCUUGCCACACUCGCCGAUGAAGUGUCUGCGUCCUUGGCCAAGCAGGGUUUGUGAUCAGGCUCCCAGGGUAGUCAAUAAUCAUGGAGAGAAGAGAGAGUGAGAGUGUGGAAGAAAAAAAUAGAAAGAAUGAUCUGGCCCCUCGCCCUCUGCCCUCCCGCUGCUCCUCACAGGCAGGCUGACCCGCUUGUCACCUAACCUACUUUUGUGGCUUGGCUUUGGCUUGGGACUUCAAAUUCAGUGAUGGGAAAAAGAGUAAAUUUCAUCUUUCCAAAUUGACUUGUGGGCUAGUAAUAAAUUUUUUUUGAAAAAAAAAUAUGUAAAAACAUGGCCAAAAAACCCAACAUUUCCUUGGGCGAUUGAUAAUUGAUUUCCCCCCCCCCCCCCACCCCACCCUCCCUCUGAGUGUUAGAGCGUGAAGGAGGCUCUGGAGGCUGCUUCUGGGGAGUGACUGAGGGACUAGGGUAACUAAUUGUCCACAGCUCCAUCCUAGGGGCUUCAGGGACAGCGGCAGCAAUGACAGCUUUGAGACUUGGUGUGUUCGUGGAGCCUUAGGCAGGUGGUGUUAACGUUGUGUGGGUGUGAGGGAGGACUGAAACAGCGAAGGCUGAGAGGUGGGUGGGCUGGGAGUCAGAGGGGAGAGUCGAGGAAGACAGGUUAGGAGAAGGGGACACCGGCUCCUUGCCAAGUAGCUUGGGAAGGACAGGUAACCCCAGCUGCCUGCAGCAGUCUUAGCUAGCACAGACUCCAGCUUGAUAAAGCACUGUGGGUAUAGUGUGUGUGUGUGGGUGUGGGUGCCCCUUCUGAAGGGCAGACUGCGGAAGAAGGUAAGCCAGAAGGUGGCACCUUGUAGACUGGUUCUCUGAAGGCUGACUGUGAUAUCCCAGGGCACUGGCUUCCUUCUCCUCCCUCCCUCGGGGUGGGUGGGAGGUCCUGGGCUUCCCUUUGCUCUCACAGGAAAACCUGCUUUACUGAGUUCUGAAGUUUGGAACUACAGCCAUGAUUUUGGCCACCAUACAGACCUGGGACUUUAGGGCUAACCAGUUCUCUUUGUAAGGACGUGUGCCUCUUGGGGGACAUCUGUCUGUUCUCAAGCCUGGUCCUCUGACGCUUCUGCAGUGUGAGGGAUGGGGGUGGUAUUCUGGGCUGUGGGUCCCAGGCCUCCCAUCCCUUACACAGCCAUUGUAUCCCCUCUACCUGUCCUAUCGUGCCCACGUCUGCCACAAGAGCCAGUCACUGCCGUUCGUACAUCAUGUCUCACUGUCCUAAGGGUCCAGCCUCCCCCAGACCCAUCCCUGGCUCCUGGGUAGAUAUGGGCAAUACCUGCUCACUCUAGGGGUUGGAGUCCAGGGAAGGCAGAUUUGGGCCUUAGUCUCUAGUCCUACGUUCCACAAAUCCAACCAGUGUGCCUCCCACAAGGAACCUUAUAACAUUGUUUGGUCCGCUCCAUCACUUCCCAUCCUGGACGGGAACCGGUGUGGGCCUGAAGAUGACCCUGGGAACUCUACUUUUUUAACUGAAGUGGUUGCUUCUUAGGCCUGACUCCUCCUUGUGUUGGACUGGAGGCAGCCAAGUGAGGUGCCAGUGUCCUGGCAUCAGUAUGAACAGUCAAGAGUCCCAGGGCACGGCCACACUUCUUCCAUCUUCCGCUUCCACCCCAGCUUGUGAUCGCUAGCCUCCCAGAGCUCAGCCGCCAUUAAGUCCCCAUGCACGUAAUCAGUCUCCACACCCCAGUUUGGGGGAACAUACCCCUUGAUUGAAGUGUUUUUCCUCCAGUCCCAUGGAAAUGGUGCUGCCUCUCCCUGCUGGAGCAGCCAGCCAUCUCCACAGAUGCAGCCCUUUCUUCCCCAUCUGCAUCCUGUUGCGUUGUAGUUGGAUUUGUCUGUUUGUCUGGGUUCACCAGAGUGACUAUGAUAGUGAAAAGAAAAGAAAGAAAAAGAAAAAAAGAAAAAGAAAAAAAAAAAGGACGCAUGUAUCUUGAAAUAUUUGUCAAAAGGUUCUAGCCCACCACAGGAGAUGGAGGGCCUGGAUAUCACUUGUCUCCUUCCUGACUUGGCUCCAGGCCAGUGCAGUGCUACUCUGCUGGGACAUCCCAUGUUUUGAAAGGUUUCUUCUGCGUCUGGGACCUCACAGACACUGGAUUGUGACAUUGGAGGUCUAUGACAUUGGCCAAGGCCUGAAGCACAGGACCAGCUAGAGGCAGCAGGCUCCACCUGUCAGGGAGAGCUUGUGGCUGGCUUGUUUUGUAGAGUGAAGAUGGUUCUCUCUAAUCACAACUUCAAGUCCCACAGCAGCCCUGAAAGACAUCUAAGAACUGCAACACAAGAGAAAAGGACACCGGUACCAUCAGGGAGAACUGUGACCCUAGAAAUUCCAUGACUCUCCAGUAGAUAUCUGUGGGCCCACUCCAAGCCUUGGCCUCUUCUCCAUAGGGUUUGGGAUGAACUGCCCCACUGAUGAAGGGGACAUCUUAGGGACUCCCUUGGUUUCCAACGUGUUAGCCCCCUGACCUUGCAUGACCUCCUACAGCUGCAGGGAAUAGGUCUUUGAAGAUUAGGAACCUUAGGCCCAGGUCGGCCACUUCUGGCUUGGGUUCAGUUAAGGACAAUGUGGAGAUUAGGAGGAAGCAGCUGGCUUUUCCCGUUGAAGUACUCUGAGUGCCCAGAGCUACCUGUUGUGAACCUCCCCACUGCUGAUGGAGUUUAGCUGUCCACAGAAGAGUUCCAGGGAGGAAAACGAAGUGUGGUUUGAUGGUUCAUGGUUCCUUCAUCAUGGUUACCUAUUGUGGUUCUCUCUCACAUACACAUUUACCCAUCCUGCAGUUCCUGUCCUUGAGUCGGGGGUGGGGUACUCUGCCAUAUCUCUUGUAGGGCAGUCGGCCCAAAAAUCAUGGUUUGGAGUGAUCUGGUCAGUGCUGAUAGGCAGUUUACCAAGGGAUUCUGGCUUGUUACUUCAGUGAGGACAAUCCCCCAGGGCCCUGGCACCUGUCCUUUCUUCCCAUGCCUCUCCACUCCAGAGCCAAUGUCUUUGGGUGGGCUAGAUUUGACUGAUUCCUCCAAACUCUUAAUUCACUUUAUCAAUAGUUCCAUUUAACUUGACUUCAAUGAUAAGAGUGUAUCCCAUUUGAGAUUGCUUGUGUUGUGGGGGAAAGGGGGGGGAAGGAACAUGUAAAGAUAAUUCACAUGGGCAAAGGGAAGUCUUGGAGUGUAGCCAUUGAGCCAUCUUGUAACCCGAUUCAUGAUUUUGAACACUUGCUAGAGAGAAGAGGUACCAUGAAGCUAGAACUUGGGAGGCUUGGCUGUCCUAUUGACAGGCUUUCGCAAGGCAGAGGCAGCCAGCUAGAUCCUUGCCUUCCCAGCCAGGUGCAGCUCUCAGGUUUGUGUAGGAAAUCUAUGAAAUGCUCUUCCUGCCGCCUUCUUGUGGUGUCCAGAGCCCACAAUCAAUGCCUCCUCAAAACCCUGGCUUCCUUCCCUCUAACCCACUGGCACAUCAGUAUCACCUCUGGAUUGACUUCAGAUCCAUAGCUUGCACACUACUAGCAGUGGCCAAGAACACUUCCUUUAUCCAGUCUUGUCCAGGAGAGUAAGUGGGGAUGAGGCCAGAGGUGGUAAUCCACUAUAGAUCUGUGGCUUUGUGGGCCUUCAAACUUCUCUCUGGCUUCUGAAAGGGUUACUUCAGGCAGUAUUGCAAUCUCACCCUCCUGAUGGACUGUAGCCUGUGCAGUUACUGUGCUGGGCAUGAUCUCCAGUGCUUGCAAGUCCCAUGAUUUCUUUGGUGAUUUUGAGGGUGGGGGGAGGGACACAAAUCAUCUUAGCUUAGCUUCCUGUCUGUGAAUGUCCAUAUAGUGUAUUGUGUUUUAACAAAUGAUUUACACUGACUGUUGCUGUAAAAGUGAAUUUGGAAAUAAAGUUAUUACUCUGAU